UGAUUAUUGAAUUAAGUUGAGUGGCUAGCUGGGCGCACCUUUAUUUUAAUGACUUCAAGAACUAAUGGCUGAAUACAUCACUCGCCUGCCAUGAGACCAUCCUAAAAGCACAACUUUAUCGAAAACACAACUCUAUCGACAUAUCCUAUGAAAAAUGGGUUCCCUAUCUAUGUGUGCACGCCAUUCAGGGGGUGUGGUGUGAACUCACUCGCUCCCAGUCACGCUGGUGUGUGUGUGUGUGGUGAGUGGAGCGAACGCAGCACAGAGAAGGCGCACUCAAAGCUCGCGCAGGCACCGGAAAGUGGGGAUAUAGUGCGCGGCGGCAUGGCUUCGUCUCACGGGAAAAACGAACACCGGUUCGCCGACUGGAUGGCGAAUUUACCGGAGAGCAUGCACAGCAUCCCGCUUACCAACCUGGCCAUUCCAGGUUCCCAUGACUCCUUCAGUUUCUACAUAGACGAGUCCUCUCCGGUGGGUCCUGAGCAGACUGACGCUGUCCAAAACUUUGUGUCGGUCUUUGGCACGGUGGCCAAGAAGCUGAUGCGUAAAUGGCUGGCCACUCAGACUAUGAACUUCUCCAGCCAGCUGGAGGCCGGCGUCCGCUUCUUUGACCUGCGCAUUUCCACCAAGCCCCGGGACCCAGACAACGAACUCUUCUUUGCUCAUGGCCUCUUCAGCGCCACGGUGAGAGAAGGUCUGGAGCAGAUCAGCUCCUUCCUGUCGGCCCAUGCCAGAGAGGUUGUGUUCCUGGACUUUAACCACUUCUACGGGGUUCAGAACCUGCACCAUGAGAAGUUGGUCUCAAUGCUGAGAGACGUGUUCGGGGAGAAACUCGCCCCCGUCGUCUUCGCUCAGGAGGUGAGUCUCCAGUACCUGUGGGAGAAAGAGUACCAGGUAUUGGUGUUCUACCACAGUCCUAUGGCCCUGGAAGUGCCAUUUCUAUGGCCUGGUCAGAUGAUGCCUGCUCCCUGGGCCAACACCACUGACCCUGAAAAGCUGAUCCAGUUCCUCCAGGCCUCUGUGGCUGACCGCAGGAGGAAGGGAACAUUCUUUGUCUCCCAAGUGGUCCUCACACCUAAGGCCAGCACCGUCAUGAAAGGAGUAGCCAGCGGACUGAGGGAGACCAUUACAGAGAGGGCUCUUCCAAGUAUGAUGCUGUGGAUUCGGGCCCAGAGGCCAGGCGAGAGCGGCAUCAAUAUCAUCACAGCUGACUUUGUGGAGCUGGGAGACUUCAUCAGCGCUGUCAUCACGCUCAACUAUCAUAUGGAUGAUGAGGAGGAAAAUGCCACCUGAGACUGAAAGACAGGGGGUGCCAAAGAGUCAAGUCCUCAGCUCAGUCUCACUUUCUCUUUGGUGUUCAUUUUCAGGAGAGGCGUUCCUCUGACUUAUUGUAUAGGGCUAUCAGAGUUUACAGAGGAAGAGAGAGAGAGAGAGAGAGAGAGAGAGAGAGAGAGAGAGAGAGAGAGAGAGAGAGAGAGAGAGAGAGAGAGAGAGAGAGAGAGAGAGAGAGAGAGAGAGAGAGAGAGAGAGAGAGAGAGAGAGAGAGAGAGAGAGAGGAGGGAGAAGGAAACGUUAAGAUAGGAGGAGAAAGGAAGGUGGAGGUGGAGAUAGGGAGGAUGGACUUUGGUGCUCGUUUAGAGUGCCGAAAGUGAAUGAGAAAUGUUUGGUUUUAUCUGUUUUGGGGGUCAAAAGGGCAAUUGGUUUUUAACGACGCUUCGCUUGGCUUCGCUUCAAAUCUGCUGUAACGAUAUCUGCUUCUAUCCUCCAAUCACACAAGCUCGUGUUUCUGGCAUUUCCAUCUCUGGUGAGGCUUAGGCUAGCUUAUUAGCAUAUUCUACAGACAUAAAUGUUGUUCGUAUUUUAGUGACAGUGAUGGCCAACCUACAUCAAAACUCAUUUUCAUUGGUGCCAGUAAUACAUCUGAUUGCCGUCAACCUGAUUAACAUGUCAACUACUCACACAUGGCUGUAGAAUUUACUUUAUGAUGGAUGGAUGGAUUGGUUGAUGGAUGGAUGGAGCUUCCCAAAUAGUUAUUAUAGUUUUUCGAUCUCUUUCUACAUUUACUGAUUAUUUUGUCUCUGUAUCAGUCCUGUCACCACAAUGCGUAAAUUGAUAACUUCUCCUUGCAGUACAUUGAUUUAGCUCCUAGACCACCUGUAACAGCACUUUCCCUAUGUGACAGAUUGCCAGACCGUUCGAUAUUUGUGUGUCUUUUGAUUGAUUGCCUCUCCCGAGUGCCCUCUGUAGCGUAUUGUAGAUCAGUGUUUCCCAACCCUGGUCCUCAAGCUCCCCCAACAGUACACAUUUGUAUUGUAACCCUGGACAAGCACACCUGAUUCAACUUGUCAACUAAUCAUCAAGCCCUCAAUGAGUUGAAUGAGGUGUGUUUGUCAAGGGCUACAACAAAACGGUGAACUGUUGGGGGUACUUGAGGACCAGGGUUGGGAAACACUGUUGUAGAUGACCAUAAAACAGGUUUAAUUUCAUGUUUCUCGUAAUGGGCUUGAUAUCAUUCUAAUCUCAUGUAGGUGUCUGUUGUACUGAAAUAUUCACCACAAUAUUAGAUUUUUUUUUUUAAAUCAUUGAACUUUUCUUCUGUUCAUUUACUUGUAUAGAAUAUAAUAGAACAGCUAUCUGUUGCUUCACUAUUACUCAUGUGUUUGCCUGCUUAAUUGCAUUCAGUCUAGUAGAAAGAUGUUUCCCUUGCUUUACCCUGCACCUAUUCAGGACAAACUGUAAAUGCUAAACUAGGAAGAAAAGUUCUAUUUGAAGUGGCACUUGCGGCGUAGUGACGACUACAAUACGUGUCACAUUUCCUUUGCUAAAAUUUGUUUUGCACAUUAUGCAAGAACUUCGCAUAUAUAUCAUAAGCUUUGCCUCACCCCCCCCCCCCAAAUGUUACGAUUAUUAGUGCAUCUUUUACAGAGAAUGUAUUCUGAUAAAUGGUUAUGUAAACUAAUAUGUUUAUUGUGAACCAAAAGAAGGAGGAAAUGUUACAUUUUGAAUAAGUGAAUGUGUGUCCUGUACGAAAUUGUGCCAUUUCCAACUUUUUUCAGUGUGUGUGUGUUUUUAUGUAAGAGAGGGACAGACAGACACAGACACAGACACAGACACAGACACAGACACAGACACAGACACAGACACAGACAGACAGGAUUUAAUUGAGUGUUUGUAUGUUUUGUGUGUAUUGUUCAGAGGUAUGAACAUUUUCAUACAAUUUGUAUGUGUUAAUGACUUCAUCACUUAAUCUUAAAAUAUAUUUUAUAUCAUGUGAAAAGUUUGUAUAUAAAGUGCAACGGAUUUACUGCCAUGUAAUUGUAAAUGAAAAUUAAUGCCAAGAAUUAUCCAUAAGAAAGGCUUCUACAGAAAUAUCUCAGUUGUAUUAACACACAAAUAUAUGGUCAAUACGAGUUUUGUCCAUAUCUCUGAAAGUCAAAUACACUUCCCAAAAUAUAUAUUUUUUUGUAAUUAAUUAACUAUGUGCAAGAAUCAAAAUAUAUUUGUAAAUAUAUUUCUUGUCACUUAGUGGAUUAAUAUGUUUUGGAUGCUAUCCUAACCUGACUAUAACUACUUGAGUUGUUUGUGUUCAUCUCAAGUAAGAAAAUACUCAAGACCAUUUAACAUUUAUCACCAACAUGUGUACACUGCACUGCAAACACGAUACGUUAGGAUAUUCAAUAACAACAAUUAUUAGCAGUCCCAAAUAGGUCAUGUCCAAUGUUUCGCUUAAACUCUGAGACGGUAAUACACCUAACAAACAAACUAGUGCAAUACACAGUGUAAAAUACAUGUAUUUACUUAUAAAGAUGAUUAUUUAUAAGUCAUCUAAUGUUGACAUAAUUAUACCCUCCAUAUUGUAUUCCUUACCUUUCUGUCCAUUUUUGAUGUGAUGAGUCCAUUGCUGUGAAAUUGUUGUAAAGACCAAACCUUGUUGUGUUGCAAUGAAACUGAUUCUGUUUUAAGUGGAAGAUGACUAAUCAAAUAAAGCUUCUAAGCCUGUACAGUA